CAGCAUGAAAGCCGGACGAAGCCGCCCUCCAUGAUGCUGCAACACCUCUCCCUUUGCUGCCUUGCCUGAAUGUUCAGAGUCCCCUUCGUUAUGACACACCAUACCAGAUACCCUCGUCUUUUUCGUCCACCGUAUGGAUAGGGGCUUGUUCAGGCUUCUCGUCUCACCCUAAUCCAGGGCGUUGGUACACAUAAAAUUCGCAAGGCAACCGGCGUUCCUGUUCAACCUUCCGUCCCUCUCAACUUGCUUCUAGCAAAAAUAUCUAGCCACCUUACUGUCCCUGAGUUAAAGUUGGACUCAUUUCUGGUUUCGCUCCCUGCCAAGAUGGUUGACACGGGGACAAGACGUUACAACUCCCGGGUCGAGGAGUUUAGAGAGAGAGAGUAUCCUAUGCUCAAAGACUCAAUCUACCUUGAUCAUGCCGGAUCGACGUUGUACUCCAAGUCUCUCAUCGAGAGGUUCUCUGUAGACAUGAUGUCGAAUCUACUAGGAAAUCCACACUCUGCCUCGUCGUCCUCUCAGCUCUCCACAUCGCGCAUCGAGAACGUUCGUCUCAGGCUUCUGAGCUUCUUCAACGCCGACCCCGACAAGUUCGACCUAGUUUUCGUAGCGAAUGCUACCGCCGGGAUCAAGCUUGUAUCAGAAGCUUUUAGGGCUCUGCCUGAGGGCUUUUCAUAUGCGUACCAUCAAGCAUGCCACACGAGCAUUAUUGGGGUUCGAGAAGAGGCGCGCGAGAGCGCGUGUGUUUCAAGCAAUGACGUAGAGAGUUGGAUUUCUGGAACACACCACUUCGACUUCGAACAGCCAGGAUCGCACACGCUCUUUGCAUAUACGGCUCAGUCUCAUAUGGACGGUCGGCGCUACCCCUUGAAGUGGCCUUUUCUCUUACGACAAUCGCCUACUGCAAACCACUCGAGUACAUUCACGCUCUUGGACGCAGCCUCACUAGUCGCGACGACUCCUCUAGAUCUCAGCAACUCGGAAUCGGCCCCCGAUUUCACAGUUCUCAGCCUCUACAAGAUAUUCGGCUUUCCAGACUUGGGCGCUUUGAUCGUGAGGAGACAGGCCGAGUCGGUGUUUAACCACAGGCACUAUUUUGGUGGUGGGACUGUCGAUAUGGUGGUCUGUGGAAAGGAAAGUUGGCAUUCGCUGAAAACGACAUUCUUGCAUGAGCGUUUGGAGGAUGGCACUUUGCCAUUUCACAACAUCCUCGCACUGGAUGCAGCGUUGGAUGCCCAUACGGAGCUGUUUGGAAACAUGGCUUGCGUGUCAUUGCAUACGACCUUUCUAGCAACUCGCCUGUACGAUGGGUUAGCUGCCCUCAAGCACGGCAAUGGACUAUUGGUCUGCGUCAUCUACUCGCAGCCAAGCAAUGGCGAUGAUUCUUCUGCCAGCGGACCGCUCAUUUCAUUCAACAUUCGCAACUCUGCCGGUGUCUGGGUCAGCUUGCAUGAGUUUGAGAAACUCGCAACACUGAAGAACUUGCACAUUCGGACCGGCGGUGUGUGCAGCCCAGGGGGUGUUGCGGCGGCACUCGGAUUGAGCCCCUGGGAGAUGAAAAAUAACUUCUCGUCUGGUUUCCGCUGCGGGACGGACCAAGACAUCGUUGCCGGGAAGCCAACCGGUGUGAUACGAGCAAGUCUAGGCGCAAUGAGCACGCUAUCGGAUGUUGAUUUCCUCAUCAACUUCGUCAAAGAGUUUUAUCUGGAAGAAAUCGUACCCACCACCAUGUACCACGUUGCAAAGCCUUCAUUCGCAAAGCUUCGUAUCCAGAGCAUUAGUGUGUAUCCCAUCAAAAGCUGCGGCGGCUACUCCGUACCUUCUGGUAUGGUCUGGGAAGUCAGGCCCGAGGGUUUGGUCUGGGACAGAGAAUGGUGUCUGGUGCAUCAGGGAUCGGGGCAAGCGCUCAGCCAGAAACGGUACCCAAAGAUGGCUUUGUUUCGACCCAUCCUCGAUUUCGACCGCGGUCUAUUACGUGUCGCCUACCGUGGUGAAAAACCAGUGCACCUACCCGAAGAGAUCUCUGUGCCCCUUUCCGCAGAUCCGAGUCAACUCGACUCGCAAAGCUCAGCUCGAACGAGACUUUCUCGUGUAUGCGGAGACAAUGUCACAACGUAUAUCUACAACUCUCCUUCUGUCAAUAACUUCUUUAGCGACAUUCUCAAUGUGCCGUGCGUAUUGUCUCGGUUCCCAGCCGGUGGUCAAGGACUCGCCAUGCGUCACUCGAAAGCCAAGGUGCAAAAGCACGAGCAAGACAAAAUUACGACGCCAAGGACAUGCCCGGGGGCUUUCCCGGAACUGCCAUCUCCUCCAGAUUCGGAUUCGGAGCACUCUACAGCGAAAAUACUACUCUCUAACGAAAGCCCAAUACUUGUGAUCAACACGGCUAGUCUACACGCCCUGAACCGCGAGAUCGAGGCGAAUGGCGGAAGACCCGUCCCAUCAGAGUCAUUCCGGGCCAACUUGGUGAUCGGAACGACUCAUGGGUCCGAACAAGUAGCAUGGGCGGAGGAUGGUUGGGCUAGCCUUACAGUAGGCGGCGAGAAGUUCAACAUGAUGGGAGCCUGUCGCAGGUGUCAAAUGGUCUGCGUCGAUCAAGAGACUGGCGAAAGGCACCCGGAGCCGUUCGUCACGUUGGCCAAAGUCCGGAGGUUUGACGGCAAGGUAUACUUCGGCACGCACAUGGGCCACGAACCAAAUCCUACCUCUGCAACGAAAGGGAAACAGUUUCCUUUCAUACGAGUUGGAGACGCGGUCAAUGUUGGUGCUAGAGCAUGAUCGAAUUGACCUGUAGGCAGUGGUUCCGAUCGUAAUGACAGAGGCCCAUGGCUCAUGAUGACAGCAGCCGGAACAUGUCAAAUAAUUGCACAUGCAGUCGAUGGCGAUACAGUAUUUCGAUGAGUGUGAGAAUGCUUCUGCUGCUACUUGUUUCUUAACACAGUCUAUGUCGCAAAUGAUUUCAAGUCCCGAACGUAGUCAUCGUGAUGAUAACAUGGCUGUCACUCGUUUCCCCAUUCCAUUCGGAAAGGAUAUUCUCAUGAUUCUCAGGGUUCUGGUGAGUCCUAACGUGGUCUAACGGGAAGCUGGACCAAGGUCACUCUGACCAUACGAAACCCCAAAUACAGCGCAAGCCGGAAAAGCAAUGUCCCUGCCACCCGCGUAGAGUGUCCCUGACACGUACAGUGUGUUCUCCCACGUUAGUCCGGCCCGACACUGUCACACGUUCAAACACCUUCUAUGUGCCGUGUCCUCCAACCUACAA